AUGGGUUUGGCUAUUAUCCUAGUUGAAGAUGGUAUUGGUCGGGUGGAAGUGAAAGACUACACAAUUGAUGAGUAUGAUCCUGAGAUCCAGAGAAGCCAUCAACAAGUUACUAGGGGAGUAAUGGUUCCAGCAUCUAGUGAAGCCAUUAUGAGUUUGCUCAAGAAAUCAAAGGUUACAAGGUCAGAUGAAUGUCGGGUCUGUUUGGAGGAGUUCCAUGUUAGUGGUAGUGAUGGUGAUGAUGCUAAUUGCAUAAGAGAAGACGGGUACUCAAUGCCGUGUGGUCACAUGUUUCACCAACAUUGUAUUAUAACAUGGUUGCUAACCAAUCAUGUGUGUCCUUUGUGUCGCAACCCUCUGCCAACCAAUGACCACUAA